CAGCCAUGGAGUGCAGAGACAAAGCGGCUGCUCCUGCGCGGAAACUCGUCCAAGCUCGGCUGCCGUUCAAACGCUUGAACCCUGUGCCCAAGGAGAAACACGAGGCUGAUUCUGAGGUUAAAAAAGUGAAGAGCUCACAGGGUGGUGAAGAUCCCUCCCUUGAUGCCUCCCUGGACAACCUGGAGAACGACUGCCAGCUGGAUUCUGAUGUGAACUUUUCUCCCAAGCUGAUCAACGGGAAGGGCCCGUUGGACCAUUUUAUAGAGAAGAACACAAAAGCUGCCACAAAUGAACCUGUAAUUAUAAUUGACCUGACAGAGGGCUCCAGCCAGAGACUGAGUGAUGAUGAAGCCCCUGUGAACAGUGAUUCAAAAGCAGCCUCAUCCCUAGCUGUGACUAAUGGCACGUUAGGUACAGAGAGAAACCAGCUGAGUUGCCUGAAUUCCACUCCCAGUAGCCAAAGGGAGGAUUCCAUGGAGACUGAUGAGCCCUGUGAAGCUGCAGAGGAUGAAGGGGAAGGGCAAGGUAGGGCAGGAGGGGUCCAGUCCUGUUCUGAGUUAACAGAGAGUGACAAUGAGGGGAGACCCAAGGGAAGCCAGAGUGAACUGAAGGAUGUCAUCUUUGAGGGGAAGAUGCCCGUGGUCCUCCUGGAGGACAUUAUGACUGCAAAAUCACCUCCAGUGGCUUCUCUGGAUGGAAGCAUCACCUCAGAAAAUGAGACCCUGGAAUCAUCUCAUGAAGGAGACUCUGGACUCACCAACUCCUCACUCAGCUCUCGCUCUCUUAGCUCACCUGAGGUGCAGUCUGCUGCUGGACCCAAGGGGAACACCAGUCCUUUAGCUGCCUCCACGCCCUUCAGGAAGGUGUCUCAGAAAUGUCCCAGAAGUUCAGCUGAGAGGGAGAAGCUGCGGUUGCAAAGAGAUCAGGAGCGUGCAGACAAGCUGCAGAAGAUGCAGGCAGAGAGGGAGGAGAAGGGGAGGCUGAAGGAGGAAGCAAAAGCUGCCAAAGAGAGAGCCAAGGAGGAGGCAAAGAAGAAGAAAGAAGAAGAGAAAGAGCUGAAAGAGAAAGAAAGGAGAGAAAAGAAAGAAAAAGAAGAAAAGGAAAAAGCUGAGAAGCUGAGGGUGAAGGAGGAGAAACGCAAGGAGAGGCAGGAAGCUCUGGAGGCAAAACUUGAGGAGAAGAGAAAGAAAGAAGAGGAGAAACGGUUAAGAGAGGAGGAAAAGCGUAUUAAUGCACAGAAAGCAGAAAUUACAAGGUUCUUCCAGAAACCAAAGACUCCACCAGCCCCAAAGAUUCUGGCUGGCUCUUGUGGGAAGUUUGCUCCUUUUGAAAUCAAGGAGAACAUGGUCUUAGCUCCUCUCUGCCGCAUCGCCCUGGAUCCAGACUUCUUGGAGCAGCUGGAUAAGCUCCUGCAUGCUCAGAACAGUGACAUUUCUUUCUUGAGGGACCUCAAGUGUCGUAAACCACGUAAAACUGGCCCUACUUUUGUCAGGAACAGCACUGAUAUAGUGAACAGUGAUGUGGUGGUAGUGGAUAACUGCAAACCAGAUUCUGUUCCUGAAAGGGGGAGAUUUGGUCGAAUGAAACUUCUGCAGUUCUGUGAGAACCAUCGUCCUGCCUACUGGGGCACGUGGAACAAGAAAACCUCAGUGAUCCAUCCCAGGAACCCAUGGUCAAAGGACACUAAACUCCUGGACUAUGAAGUAGAUAGUGAUGAAGAAUGGGAGGAGGAGGAACCUGGAGAAAGCCUCUCCCAUAGUGAAGGGGAUGAUGAAGAAGAAGGAGAGGAUGAAGAUGAUGAUGAUGGAUUUUUUGUACCCCAUGGGUACCUAUCUGAAGAUGAAGGAGUGACAGAAGAGUGUGAUCCAGAGAACCAGAAGGUUCGUCAGAAGCUGAAAGCAAAGGAGUGGGAUGAGCUGAUGGCCAAGGGGAAGAGGCUGCACGUCCUGCAGCCCGUGAAGAUUGGCUGCAUCUGGGAGAGUGCAGAGGGUGACAGCAGCACCAGUGCAGACCUGAAGGUUCUCCAGCAGUUCUCAGCCUGUAUCCUGGACUCGCCUGUCACAGAGGAAGAGCAGCAGAUCCAGAAAUGCAGUAAAAAAAGAGCAAAAGAUCAGCAAAUCCUGGGCCAGCUCCUCCCACUGCUCCACGGCAAUGUCAACGGCAGCAAAGUGAUAAUCCAGGAGUUCCAGGAGUGCUGCAGGCAAGGACUGUUCAGUGAGGUGACCACAGCCACUGAGGGCAGUGACAUGAGCCCUACCAGCCCCCAGGCCUCCCGGCCCCAGACACCAGUGGGAGAGGAGAGUGGGGUCCCUUCCAAGGCCAGGCUAAAAAGGAUCAUUUCUGAGAACUCUGUCUACGAGAAGAGACCCGAGUACAGGAUGUGCUGGUACGUUCACCCUGAGGUGCUGAAGAGUUUUGAGCAAGAGCAUCUCCCUGUCCCUUGUCAGUGGAACUACAUCACCCAAGUCCCUUCUUCAGGGAAGGAGGAGGGGGGCAGCCUAGCAGGAGUGGCAGUGCCACAGCCCAGCCCUGUGGCAGUGAAGAGGAAGGCCACGGGGAGCAUGUCCAUCACCAAGUUCAUGAAGAGGCCUCGGGAUGCUGAGCAGGUUGAAGCUGUGGAGAUGGAUGGGUUCCAGGCAGACACUGAGGAAGAUGAGGAAGAUGAUGACUGCAUGAUUGUGGAUAUACAGCCAGGCAAAGAUUCUACUGAAGCAGCUGCAGGAGUUGAGCAGGACAGAGUCAGCCCAGCUAACACCCUCUGAGACUUCACCACCUACUAACUCUCCUGUAUGUAUGUAGAAUGAAUUUAGAGAGUUUUAAACCUUUGUGUAUCUUUGAACAAGAUACCUGAAAGUACUCCAGAUUUCUUGUAAAGAGAGGACAGCACUUUGUUCUGCUUCAGCCCAGGAGGAAGCUCAAAUUUUUAGUUAUAGUUUUUAGCUUAAAACAGAACCAAGUUGCAUAUUAAUCUGUUCUUAAUAAAGCAUUAUUGGAAUUUUUGA